AUGGCUUCAAACUCUGGCUCGUUGAGCAUGUUCCUGCUUCUUAUGACUCUGAUGAUUACGGUAUCCAAUUAUUUUGGAACCAAUAAAAUAGACCUCCAACUUUCUGAAACCCAGAAGGAUCUCAAGAAACUAACAAACACUGAUUCUAAUUUCAACUACUACUCGAUUCAAAGUCAAAAAGACCUUCUGGAGCAAGUGAAACGUGGAAUCAAUCAAGAAUUCUAUCAACGAGUCAUGCCAGAAGUCAUUUGUAAGGAUAAAGUGAGAAUAGGAGAGAAGUCCGAUGGCGGGAAAUAUGUUUGUAAGCCAGAGGCAGUGAAUCAAGACGAUUGCACAAUCAUGUCACUGGGACUAAACAAUCAAAUUGAGUUCGAUGAGCACAUUUCAAAGGUCACCGGUGGAAAAUGCACAAUUCUAGGAGCCGAUAUUGCCGAACAAAGUAAUUCAACCAAAUCCAAAUACGCUGCUAUCAAUGGUCUACUGUUUGUUGGAAAGAUUCCAGAGACUCUUGGCCUUCUAGACAUUCUAAAAAAGACAGGAAAAUCAAAAGUGGAUUUUCUAAAAGCCGAUAUCGAAGGUGGAGAGCACGCUGGGUUGGAGCCAUUGAUCAAGGAGCAUUCGGUUUGUCAGAUUUUCAUCGAAAUCCACGGAUCGCCAUCUCUCCAUCUGGAAAUGCACCAAAAAAUGGCUAAAUACAACUUCCGAAUUUUCAGUGUUGACCCAAAUUUCCAAUGUCCUACAUGCUGUGAAUACAGUUUGAUCAAUGAAAAUUGUAUGAAACAGUAUGGAGCUGUUCCACUCCAAUCCUCAUUGAGUCUCUUCCUACUUCUUCUGAUUCUGAUGAUAACGGUGUCGAAUUAUUUGACAGCUAAUCGAACAGACCGCCAACUCCUUCAAGCUCGUCAUGAGAUCCAGGAAGUCAGCAAUGGUCGAGUGCAACAAGCCAAUUAUCGUAUGGAGCAGGGUCCACGGGAGCCUGAAAACCCAGAAAACCAAGAAGAACCAUCCCACAUCAAUCCACUGAAGUACUACUCGGCUCAAGCACAGAGGGAUCUUUUGGAGGCGGCCGGACGAGAAAUCAGUCAGGAAUUUUAUCAAAAAGUGUUGCCAGAGGCUGUUUGUAUUGAUAAAAUGAGAGUUGGAGAGAAUUUGGAGGGUGGGAAAUACGUUUGUAAGCCGGAGGCAGUGAAUCAACAGGAUUGCACAAUCAUGUCUCUCGGACUUAACAAUCAAAUUGUGUUUGACGAGCACAUGUCAAAGGUCACUGGAGAAAAAUGCACCAUUCUGGAAGCGGAUUCGACCGAACAAUCCGCUGAGACCAAAUCCAAAUACGCUGCGAUCAAUGGUCAACUGUUCGUUGGAAAGAUGCCUGACACUCUUGGCCUUCCAGACAUACUCAAAAAAUCGGGAAAAUCGAAAGUGGAUUUUCUAAAAAUCGAUAUCGAAGGAGGAGAGCACGCUGGGUUGGAGCCAUUGAUCAAGGAGCAUUCGGUUUGUCAGAUCUUCAUCGAAAUCCAUGGCUCACCACUGUCUCACUUCGAAGUGCUCCAAAAGAUGGCCAAAUACAAUUUCCGUGUGUUCAACGUGGACCCGAGCUACAAAUGUGUCACAUGCUGUGAAUACAGUCUUAUCAAUGAGAAUUGUAUGGAACAGUAUGGAGUUGUCCCACUUGGAACCACGAUUCCAAAGCCAGAUAUGUAG